AUGUCGUCAGUGGCAAACAACCACAGUGGCUUUUCACAGCACGCGCUCAUCAACCGGGCAUCGCAGAAUUCCUUUUCCCCCUCCCCUCCACCCUCACAGGUGCCUUACUUCAAACGCGACACUGCCACUGUUGACUGUCACUCAGACCAGAUUCAGAUGCGCUCCCGGCAUCCUUCUGACUACCCAUCUUGGUCACCCCUCUCUCAGAUGUCAUCUCCUCAGUGGAUGAAUGAAGGAGCUUGUGACACAUCGACAUCACAUGUCGGCAGCUUACCCGCUGCACACAACCUCCUCAGCUUCUCCAAGACUUCGCCGUCUGUGUUGACCAAUCAGAAUGGUAAGACGUUCACUACAGUUGGUGGCGGUGGCAGCGGUGGUGGUGGCGGCUCGUACUCCAGUUCUCGUUUUACCAAUCCCAGUUUCUCCUCCUCAACUUCGCAUUAUGAACAAAGCUUGCCUUCUCCAAUCUCGACCCGCUCUGUUGAUCAUCCAUACACGCCGCUGAAGCGUGAAGUUGGCGAAGCAGCUGUACCAAUCGCGUUUUCGCAAAGCGUAUCUAAUGGGAGCCUCUCCAACCCGUCUUGCAUCUCACGGUGGGACAAGGGAGUCAAUGACGUGCGAUCUGUUUAUUCCGCUAAUACACCAGCCAGUGCAAGCAUGACGAUGGAUUUUGUUGAAGGCCGUUGUCCCCCUGGCGCAUGUGAUCCGACCACCACAAGCUACCCGAUGAAUCAAGGCUCAAAAGUUUUCCGAAGUUCGACCUCUUCAAACGCUUGUACUUAUACCAACGGUGACGGGCAGUACGUUAAUACCGCCGGUUCCUUCCUUACACAUUCUUCGGAUGUCAGCGGCGAAGUGUUGAAGCCCGGCCAAAUGGGCCUCAACAACGGUUUCAACACAAGAGGCACCAAGUACCCUACUCCUCGUUAUUCUAUCGGACCCGAUUCUACUACCGGAUCGGCAGCUGCCAGCAUUGUCUCAUCGGACGGGGAAACAACAACCUCCUCCUCGGCGAACCGUGGUACAAAGAAAACACGCAAACCGGCGCCGACUUUGGCUACCGGACGAAGGAAUCUGAAGUCAGAGCCGGUACGUUUAUUCACUCUCCUGUCCUUUGCCUGUGCCUCCACAACCGCAACCUUCUGGAAGCUAGCCGGCCUUCAAAUUUUGAGGGAGGCUUUCCCUAAUUGCUCGUACAGUGUUCGUAGGCAGGGAAAAGUGGGCAAAGUGGAGAAUCAUAUCGGUUUUAUGACGUCUAUAAUAUUAGAACGGCUGUGCAUAUUCAGAGCUUUGUGUGUGCUCUGUGCCGCCUACGUUGUGCCACGUAGGCUUCUCAGACCCGAGGAUUGUUUUGUCAAUGCCGAAUGUGGGGAAGUCGCGGGACCUGCUAGAUCACCGAUAGUUCCGGUUGCCGGAGUGUUGUUUAUCCCCUUGUCGUCCUGGGUGACACUGUUCAGAGGAUGUGCCAGGCGUUUAGGAUAGAUAGGCGAUAGAUGUUGCCGCUUGAAACAUCAAACGGCUCUGAUCAUCUGCUAAUCCCCUCAUAUUCGAAUCCGGAUUCGCAUUUUUAAACUAGGAAUUUUAUCAAACAGGACCGGGAGAGUUGGAUUAUCUGUUGCUGGGGUACAACAACUACAUCCGAAGAUGUGAACUCUUUGGACACACAAACUCCUGGGUGCCAUGUUGCUUUUGUGUGUAUUUUCUGCCGAACGCUAGGGUGAGGACACACGUAGGACUUAAAAUCAGAAAUAUCCCAUCAUCUACCGGGCGUCUGUUAAAAUUAAGUUUAUGGUGGACGCAUCAGUGUAUCGUCUACCGAGUACACUGGAGUCAUUCCCGUUCAGCCAGUGUACCGCUGAGUUAGUCAACAAUGUUGUUAUCGGAGCAUGAGGGAACGGUGAGGCGAGUGUUAGGAUGAUUCCGCCUAGUCUGUGUCAGUGCAAUCCACCAAACCCCGCCCACAUAACCUAUCGGGACGAGCUAGAAGUCGUUGUUCGAGAGCUACCUGCCAACGGAAAUUAACGCAUUGUCCGUAUCCUCUUUGCGAUGGCUCUUUCCGGGGUAUGAAGAGUUCUCGACAUUAUCCAACUAGGUCGAGGUAUCAGCCUACGUACGGCUCGAGCCGUGAUGCACUCGGCAGCUGCCAACUGCGAUAGGCGUGUGCUGGCCUAGUAACUACAUCCGAUAAAAACUGCGACACCUGGACAAUUUACUACCCUUAUCUGACUCUGUCCCUGAUGAUGGAUUCGAGUGAGAUUCCGAGACGUCAGGCUUAUGAAGCUCUUGUCCCAGCGAUCGUGUCUCCUGCUUCGCGACUGCUUCCUGGAACUCACCUCUUCGCUUCCAUUAGCAUACACCCUGCCGUUCUACCAUUGUAUAUGCCUGAUUGCAACCGACAGGAAAACGGGCCUGUGGCUCAGUGGUUAGAGGCGUUGGACUUCUAUCUAACAGGUCGCGGGGUCGAGCCCUAGGGGUUGCACACCCCGGGGUUGGGUAUGGCUGGCCGACGACGACGGCUAAUAAGCCAGAAACGGCCAUUCCAGUCUCUCGUGUCUUUCUCGGUAAUGUCAUUCCGCCCUAUUACCCUUCCUCCAACAGGAUGGCUCUCCGGUUAAAUAUGCUGUUCCAUAUAAGAUAUGAGCAGGCAGUAGUCGGAUUGGCACACGGCAAUCAAACUGAUUCUGGUAUCAUCGCACGCUGACGGUGGCGUCUCCUCACAAACACGUAGCCCAGCAAUGACCAGUGCAGUAAAUAUGCGUACACCAUAUUGUUUCCCUGCUGUUAGGCAAGGGAACUGUCACGAUCCUGAUGCACAAAUUAUGUUCCGCGUGGACAUUUGGGAAAAGUCUGUUGUUAUUACUUUCUUUGCCACCGUUGGUAUUUUACUGUUAUUGCAGGCUUCAACACCACGAAUACCAAUCAGCCCCUUUCCGGGUGACAUAAUCUGUGCCCAAAAAUAGCGCCUUUGUCCGGUCUCAGAAGAGACUCAAUAGGGGGGUGAAAGUCUUCUUGCAGUCUGUUGUUUACAUCGUCAUUGUCAGCCAUCGUGGGCACCGAUGAUGAUGGUAUAACGUUUCCUUGAGAGUAUCGGUGAGCCUAGAGUGAUGAUUUGGUCAUUGGUGCUAUGAGCAAGUAAAUGUGCUCAGCUUGCAUUCCUGACAGAGAAUUAGACUCCAGGGCAAGACAAAUCGCAUUCCUGGUCCACUGAUUCACCGUUCUUUUGAAAAACUGGUGGUACCGAUACCGGCAAUGUCUACUUUGUAACUGACGAGUUUAUGGACGGGUCUGGCCAGCCCUUCCGAUAGGUUAACCCAGUGUGUUGUCUACCAGUGAACAUUCAGUCCAAGUUAAGUCGUUGAAAAAGACGAGCACGGGCGCCCAUAUUGUGUUCGAACUCAGUGGACACGGUCAGCUGACUAAAGACGGUAAGCAAACUAUCAGUGAAGCAACGUUUGUAUUCUCUUUCUUCGCGACGGAGUGUGUGAUGCUUCCUUAAAUAGGGCUUCUUAGUCAACCAGAAGGCUACCGAAUUGCAUAGUUUCUCACUGGUGUUUGCACCUAGACACCGGAUUGGCUUCGGUCACCCGUGCAAGAUGCAGUAAUUCGCCCAUCCCAGGGUUUAACGCAAGUUGUGUUGUAUACGUAAUAACUAUGAAAUCGGCCUGACCACUGGUGAGAUUACAGCGAGGAGGCUUCAACAUCUUCAGCUGCUCUUUCCAACUCCACCAAGAUCCAUCAGGAAAUUUGAAUCAAUAUGAUUGGACCUGAGGUCAGGUGCAGUGACCGGCUAGGCGUUCCUGGCCAUCACCCGCCUGCAGCACAUCCUAAUCCUUCAACCGACAAGAAAGCGCGCAUCGCCCCGAUACCUGCCCGCUGCAAGACCAAAACACAUACGCGCAUGCCAAAGCGGUCCUUCUUUAUCGUCGAUUAACUUCAUCCACGUUGCCUGCGUGUUAUGUGGGCGCCAAGAUUGUUAGAUACAGUAAAUGCAGAGGUGUCUGACCAGGACAGUCUGAGCCCGAAGUGUGCGUUUGUUAUUUGGAAAUUUGGGCAAUUGCUGGCGAGAUACGCCUCCAUCCUGACUACCCUUGCUGCGAUGAGCUCGCCCUCUCUCUCAUACGCGCACACAAGAGCAACCGCAAUGGUACUUGCACAUGCGUCAAUUCGUGUCUGCUCGUGAGAAUGCGGAACUGGAUAUAGCCGGCGGCAGUGACCAUCAAUCUUCCAGUACGUGCGGGCGCGCACACUCAUCGGUUGCGUGUAUGGGCAGAAUUGGCGAGUUUCGCGGCAAACGAUGGCGCCUAAGCGUGAGCUCUCUUUGCAUGAGAAUACAAGUGUGAUAUGAGGGUGUUUGUGGUAGCAGCGGUGCGAGUAGUAACACUUCUUUCUAAAUUAAAAUCUGACCCACACACACUCAGGCGCGCGCCUGAGUUCAAAGCGCUCUCAAUGUGGCGUGUCCGAGUGUGUGCAGUGCCCUGAUGACUGCUCAUGCUGUGUUGCCGCCAAAAGCGGGAGCACGCCUCUUCUGCUGCAGACUGCCUGCUCGCGUGCGUCACGUUUUUUGUUUUCUAAACAGACGUUUCUCAUGCCGGACUCCGGACGCUGGAUGGUAUGUCACAGCCCGUUCUGCGUGCACUAGCCCCCCUUUCCGUCAUACUUUCUCCUCCGUACGCAAGUGCGUCCGUACAGAGUGCCUCGGUCAUGCGAGGGAGGUGGUUGAGAUAAGUGCUCUGCUCAGAAAGCGCGAUUAUUUAUUUACCACCAAUGCUUGAGGGGAUUGGAGUUGACGGCUAUGGUACGUUCGUGGGGGUGAAGGAGGUGGGAAGAUGAGUCUAUUCAAAUUUGAACGUACCGCAAGGUCUAUGGCACCCAACUCCUCGUCUUCCAUCUGUUAGGCGCUUCGUGCGGAACCCGGCCGACUCACCCCUCUCCUGAGGCCUAUUUAUUGUUUGCAAACUAUCUACCCCGGAUUGGCUGACAGAACGAUCUGGGGCCAUGAUCAGGAAUGUCCGCCUCUCCAGGUGUUUUUUUCUCAAAUCGGUCUAUGUUUUGACAGAUUACUGGUCUUUUCUAAUACCAUGAUCCUCCAGCUGGCUACCUGACUUCAAAUCAGGUUAGAUUCCUAUGUGAUUUUCAAUCGAAACAACAAAUAACAGACGCUAAAAACCAUAAUGCUCCAAACCAUGUGAGACUAUCAAUGCUUCCCGUGAAAUCCGGAUUGCGCUAACUGAAGGCUACGAAGACUCUGAGGGAGAUAGCGGUCUGGUCCAGACACUUGGAGGUAUUGGCCUCCAUUGUUUCGAUGCUGACCGUCGCCCACCUUGGCAAAGCGAUGAUGAGUCAGAGACGCACACGCCCUUUCCAACUCUUAGGUCCAUUAUUUUUACAAUAGGUGCUUAGAGCCUAACAUCCUUGCCUGUAGCCAGAAUAGGGGACGGGGAUAGGUUAUUCUUCUUCCAGACCGUCCUGCUGUCAACUUCUUUGCUGAAAACUUCCACUGUCCCUCUUUACCACAGGUUGACGCGGAUGAAGCAGAUCGUAGGCUAAAACGGCGAGAGCGUAAUCGAAAGUCGGCUCAAAAGUGCCGUGAACGGAAACUGCAUCGUACACAGGAACUUCAAGCCCAGGUCGACGGUCUUAACGCCGAGGCCAAUCGCCUGCUGCGUGAAGUUGAGAGUUGGCGGGACCAGGCAAGGCGUUGUGUUCAACUGCUUCAACAGCACUGCCCCGGUGUGGCCAUUCCCUACUUGACCUGCCUCGUAGAUCCGCCCGACGUCUUCCUGCCUCUUGCAGAAACUGCCUCAACAACGACAGUUGCACCGAAUCUGCCGCCGCCGCCUCCGCCGCCUCCGUCAGCACCAGCGCCACCAUUAUUUUGUGACAUGUCCGAAACAGAGGUCUGCUUCUACAAAUCGCGGAUGCAGUACGAUGCAUCGACCGGUACCGAGGCAAUCGGCAGUCCUUGGCACCCAAGUGGCGCUUCUGGUCCUACCACGGAAUCCGGGCUUCCACCCAUGUCCCAUUUGGUUCACAGUAGCCAGCCACCGCCUCGGCGUCAGCCCUCACCCGCCAUUACUGUCAGCACCAGCAGCAUGCGCUCCUUCAUAUCUGCCGCUGCCCCCGGCCUAGAAGUGAGUUACAGCCAAUCCGUCCCCGGUGCCGCCACUGGUGAUCCCAUUGACCCCUCACCCGCCGCCCCACAUCGGCCCUGUUCGCUCUCCGCACCAACCACUGGCAGCUACUGGGCCACAAGGCCGUCUCCUGAUGAGGUAGUCCCAAGCUCUGUUAGUACGGCGGAUCGUGACCCCGCGGCGGCCUGGCACGUGGAGGCGAAACAUGCGCUCAGCUCCUCCAUCUAG